AUGGAGGGGAAACUGGGUUAUAAGAAAAAAAGAGUGUUUGGAAAUGAGCUAGCCGAAAAGAAAAGAGUAAACAAGAAAAUCGUAUUUUUUAAUAUGAUUUAUUUGAUGAUACUUUUUAUAAUUUGCUUUGUAGGAGGAGUACUGUUAGGGUUCUUAACCACGUCAUACACACCUGAAAUAAACAUAAUUCCAAACAACCAAAAUAUAUUUAAGUUUUUAUAUAAAAAUAAUAAAGUAAUUAUAGGGGGGAAAUUAAAAAUCAAAAUAAAUAUAAGCAAUUAUACUAUUUUAUCGUACAUACUUAAUGCAGAAAAUGUAAAAUAUUUCUAUUUUCCCAUAGGGGAGAAUUAUACAUGUCUGUUGUACAACGGAGGAGUGGAAGAAAUAUCAUCAAAUCAAGCACCUUUAACUCAUAGAAGUGAGAUCAGCGUCCCUUUAAACAACAGCGAAAGUAGUUUUUCCACAAAAUUAUCUGUUAAAAUAAGGUAUACCCUUUUGAAGCGAUCGGAUGACAUAUUUUCUAUACCAUUACACUUAGGCUACGAGAUAACAAAUGCAUAUAAGGCAGAAAUACAACCAUUAUAUAAUGAUUGUAUACGAUUUAAUAAAUUAUAUUUUUCCAUACGACUCGAUGAUUUAUAUAUAUCGAACGAGUUUAGAAAAGUGCAUAAUGACAAGAAGUACGAGUUAAUAUUUUCAUGUAGAUGUUUUAUAGAUGAUAAGGUGCAUUCAUUUUUUAAUUCUGUGGGUGUAAACAAAAAUGCAAUUUUGUAUAACUUAAAAAAUGAUCCAUCAUUAGUAGACUAG